GGACCACCUCAAACAAUGUCACAUUCUAUCAUAUGCUAUCUCAUAUAUAUUACCAUCACCAGCUUAUAUCUUUUUUGUAUCUCCCAUUGCCAAUGGAUUGGUUUUCUUGGUUAUCAAGAACCAAUCUUGAAUCUUCUCUAGUCUAUGAAUAUGGUCUAGCUUUUUCAAGAAAUGAGCUUCAACAAGAUGAUUUAGCCUACUUCAACCAUGAAUUUCUUCAAAGUAUGGGAAUUUCUGUGGCUAAACAUAGGCUUGAAAUACUCAAGCUAGCUAGAAAGGAAGCAGGAGCAUUGAGUGGUAUCAGAAAUGCAAUCAAUAGAACUAAAAAGAGUAUCAAAAGGUGUAUUAGCAAAUUGGUCUUUCAUGAGGAACAAGUUUUUAAGGCCUUACCGGAGCCGGUUCGGCCGGUUCCGCAUACGGAACAAUGGAGAGGAGGAUUGACAAGAAAAUAUAAGAGUGAUAAGGAAAUAUUUCAGACUCCAGGGAGCAAAAUAAGGAGGCAAGCAAAAUCUGGUCCUUUGGAUGGAAGAUUAAUAAUGCCUGAAAAUUUGUUGCAAAAUCAAAGAGCUCUGAAGCUAUCUGGGCCGUUGGAUGGGAAAGUGCAUGAUAGAUUGGUAUUUGCUUAUAAGAGUCCUAAGUUUUAUGGGAAUUCAGAAGGCAGAGUGCAACAGAAGUUGGUGGCUGGUGGUGGUAAGAGUCCAAAAAUGGCUAUACCUUUAGAUGGUAAAAAGGACAGAAUGAUACCUGAUGAUCAGUCCUUAUGGUCUGCACUUUUUCUGGAUAUGAAACCUACCUGAAUUUGUGUAAUUAGUUUUAUAGUAAGUUUUAUUCAUUGUUUCUGUUCCAUUUUACAUCUUGAUGAAAGAUAAUGUUAUGCUAUAUGUAAUGCUGUGUUGGACUCCUGUGUUACGUCUCAGCAUUUUGUUAUCUAUUUUUCCAAAAAAAGGUAUCAGUUUCCCAUUUUUCA